AGUUCCACCCUUUAUUGAAAAGGAUCCCGUUUUGUGGUUCAUGAUUUUAGAAGCUGAAUUUACUUCUAAGCAUGUUACCAAUGACUGCAAAGUUUAAUCACUUGCUAACACGCCUGCCGACUGAUAUUACUUUAGCACUACGUGAUCUUAUUAUUACAUCUUGUCCUCCUGACCGCUAUAAUUCUCUCAAGAACGCGGUAAUAAAGCGUGUUACUCCCUCAGUGAAGUCCCGCCAGCAUAAACUUUUUACUGGUCUACAGCUAGGUUCUAGUAAGCCAUCCGCGCUAUUGCUAGCGAUGCGUGGUCUUCUUCAAGGAUUGCAUAUGGACGAGUCGCUGCUUCGAGAGUUAUGGCUUCAGCGUUCGCCUGAAAA